AUGGAAAGGGCCAAUCAUUCUACGCCACGUGGCGUGGAUCAACACCACAUCCACACGAACCGUGUAAUCAUUCGCGAACGGCUUCGCGAAUGGAAGAAUCGCGUCAAGUGUCGCGCACAGGGGUUGUACGCGUCGGGUUACCACAACGGUUACGGAUCUGCUCCCUACGGCUCCCUUCAAGCGUCCGUCGCGGCGGGCGGCGGCCGCAAGGCGGCGAUGGCGACGGCGGCGGCUGCGGCGACGUCGUCGCUGGCGGCGGUGCGCGUGUUCAAAGGCAACAGCGUGCUCGCGCAAUUCAAGGCGCGAUUCACGGCGCGAUUUGCGGAGGGGCCGGUGGGACUUCUGACUGACACGGCGGAUGCGCAACGUGCAGCAGGAGAGGCGUUGACAGCAACAAGGAUAGAGGCGACGGGCGAGCUUGGGGAGAGAGGCGAGGCGGAGGGGGUGGGCGGGGGGAGCGGGGCAGAUGGGGCGAGGCAAGCGGUGGUGGUGGGGGGGUUAGGGGCGGGCGAGGAGCAGCAGAGCGCGGCAGUGCGCAUGGCGCAGGCAGUGCUGCUGCCUGCCCUGGGCGCUGUAUCACACGCCUUCAUGCACGGCCUCAACCGCACUGAGGUGAUCGGCGCUCACAAGCUCACCAACGCCAUCGCCCACCGACCUCCCGGCACGCCUCUCCUCACGGUGGCCAAUCACGUGGCAGCAAUGGACGACCCGCUGGUCAUGGCAGCAGUGGUGCCGCCAUCCCUCAUGCUCGCCCGCCCCGCCUCUCUCCGCUGGACCCUCUGUGCCUCCGACCGCUGCUUCUCCUCGCCUCUCCUCUCCGCCUUCUUCACCUCACUGCGGGCGUUACCAGUGGAGCGGGGAGGGGGAAUCCAGCAGCCAGUGAGUGGGAGUUGGGAUUGGACUGGGGGGACUUGUUGUGUGGACCUCCCUCCCGCGUUCUUUCUUCUCCACUCCUCUGCACGCCAUGCACCUCCCUCCCCUCUCCCCCUCCAACCCCCUCGGAACUCUCUUUCCCUCACCUCCCGCCCCACUCCGCCUGAGGCUGUCGGACCUCUUUCCCUCUCUUCGCACACCUUUAUCCUCCUGCAGGGCAUGGUAGCAGCGGCACAGCAGCUGAGCAACGGCGGGUGGGUGCACAUCUUCCCCGAGGGCACUCGCUCGCUGGAUGGCGGCCGCACCGUUGGCCCCAUGCGCCGAGGCGUGGCGUGUCAUGACCCUCCCCGCCCAUGGUUGUUCCGCCAGGCUGGCAGCGCAGUGCACUGUGCCUCCCCUCAUCAUCCCGGUGGUGGCAGUGAUGGGGCGGAGCUUCAGCGCCUGCACUCCACCCUGCUGGCGCAUGAGCAGCACUCUCUUGAGGGGCGUGUGGCUGAUAGUGAGAUAGCAGCACCGAUGGGUGGGGCAGGGGCAGGAGUGAUGGUGGGUGGUGUGGACAAUGCAGGGGGUGCUAGGGACCUUCGCAGUGACGUCUAUGCGGCUUCCGAUCAAACUGUUUCUGAGAGCAGAGUGGAGGGCGCUGGGCUUGAGUUGAGUGAGCCACAUCACCCACACUGGCAGUUACACCUCACUGACAGUCGCGUUUCGCAUUGGCCCUUCCCUCUUGCUGCCCAUCCCCUCGGCUGUUUGGAGAGCCACAGAUGGCAUUCCCUCACACUCGCCUCCCCCUUGGCUGAUGCUUCUCCCCCUGGUGGCAGCAGCAGCAGCAGGGUUGGUGCUACUGGCCUGUUGCACUCCCAGUGGGCAGCAGCAGCAGCAGCAGCGGGGGAGGCAGUGGUGAGGCAGCAGGAGGCGGAGAGGGUGGCACUGCUGUUUGGCUUUGCUGCUCGCUGUGCCAUGGGAGGGGGGCAGUGGCGGCAAGGGGAGGCAUUGGUGAUGUGA